CUUCCCCACCGGCAUUUUUAUGGGUAAGGAAAGUGAACUACCUAGUAUCACACACCAUCUGACAACUCUUCUCUCGACCAUACUAACUUUAAUAAUCUCAGUGGCUGUAUAUAAAACCCUCCACCUCUCAACCCUUUUCCACCAUCACUUGCACCAACAAAACCCCAAACAAAAGAACCAUUUGAUAUCACAUGGCUUCUUCUUCCAGCUUGUUCCUCUUUGCUGUCGUCCUCGCCGUCAGCAUGGAGAAUGGAAUGGCGGCUCGACAGCUCCUCCAACUGCCACAACCCACAGCACUGCCUCCUAUGCCCACAAUCCCAUCUACUCUGCCUCAGCCGACCCUGCCACCACUCCCCAGCGCCGCCGGCGCCAUUCCCACCAUCCCAUCUCUGCCAACCGGAGGAGGAUUGCCACCACUCCCCAGCGCCAUGCCAACUCUGCCGUCCGGAGGAGGAUUGCCACCGCUACCCAGCGCCGGCGCCGUACCGACCCUGCCGCAACCAACUCUGCCGUCUGGAGGAGGAUUGCCACCACUCCCCAGCGCGAUUCCAACCAUGCCCACAAUUCCUUCCAUGCCAAAGGUUUCUCUGCCGCCAUUGCCUAGCGGUUUUCCAACCAUGCCUUCCAUCCCCGGCCUUACCCCGGCAGGCCCUGGGAACUGAUCAGUGAACUAGUACACGAAGUUGGUGGAUGUGACUCUGUUUCGGAGUUUGACGAUAUGUUGUUAUAUGUCUUGCGAUUGCUUGUCUACAGGGGCUCAUUGCUCGUUUCUAUUCUGAUUGUUAUUUGAGUUUCUUGCCUUUGUACGUAUAUUUGUUUGUACGUAGUAUUGUAUGCAUCACUCCUAGCAUGUGUCCAUUUCUCGCUUACGUUUGAGUUUGCAGCACUUUUUAUGAUAUUUUUUACAUAUGAUUUUUAUUGGAAGUAAAAGGACAAGAUCGAA